CAUGUGGAAAAAGGAAGACAGCUAUUACUGUUAUUAAUUUAAACCUGUUUUUAGCCGUUGAAAGCUAUAUUUGUCUUUUUUACGGAUCAGGAUUCUACACUAGUGUCAGUUGAUACAUUUGGAGUAAAAGUGCUUAAAAUAGUGGAACUGGAAAGAGAACGAGCACUUACUGCUUCUUCUAACAAAAGUCUGACGUGAUUAAUCAACUUCUGGACCCUGUGUACGAAACUAAAAUGAAAAGUAAAGGUCUCACUUUGCAGAUGGGAAAAAUGGAAAUUUGUAAGUUCUUUGUGUCUGUGUUGACUUUUUGUGUGUUGCUGCUAAUCUGUGUCAACUACAAUGACAUGACACCAACUUUAGAUUUUCCAGAAACUUCAAAUGAUAUUAAGAUGGUUCAUAAAUACAAUAUUGACUGCUCAGCCAUAUAUAACAUGAUCCCAGAGGAACUUAGUAAAUCUCUGACCAUCAGGCAGAAACAAAUUGUGAAGGACAAUCAUGAAAAUCUGAUCAACCUCACCUCAAACUGCUCAUUGUUCCGAAAGGUCAGAGGUUAUGAUGACAUCUGUGUCUCAGACGAAGAGAAAGACUUUCCCAUCGCUUACUCUCUGGUUGUACAUAAACAUCCAUGGAUGGUGGAGAGACUGAUCAGAGCGACAUACUCACCCAGUAACAUCUACUGCAUCCACUACGAUCUGAAGUCUUCAGCUCAGUUCAAAGCAGCUAUGGAAGGUCUGGCUCACUGUUUGCCCAACGUCUUCAUCGCCUCCAAGCUGGAGGACGUCAAAUACGCUGGUUUCACUCGGUUAAAAGCCGAUUUAAACUGCCUGUCAGACCUUUUGCAGUCAGAAGUGAAGUGGAAGUACGUCAUCAACCUGUGUGGUCAAGAUUUCCCCCUCAGGCCCAACAUUGAGCUGGUGUCAGAACUAAAGAAGCUGAACGGUGCUAAUAUGCUGGAGACCUGCCAGCCCACUGCGUACAAGAGAGGAAGGUUCUCCAGGACCCCACCACCACACAACAUAGAGAUGUUCACUGGCAGCGCCUAUUUUGUCCUGUCACGAGAAUUUGUUGUUUUCAUGAACUCCUCAGUUGUAGUCAAAGACUUUUUGGCUUGGACUGAGGGCACCUACUCCCCAGAUGAACACUUCUGGGCCACCAUUGUCCGACUGCCCGGCGUACCUGGAGAGGUGCCUAGAUCUCACCCUGACAUCACCGACCUGAUGAGCAAGACCAGGCUGGUGAAGUGGUCGUACCUGGAGGGCAGCCUUUACCCUUACUGCACAGGAGUGCAUGUACGUGCUGUCUGCAAUUAUGGUGCAGCAGAGAUUCAUUGGUUACUUAACUAUGGUCACUGGUUCGCUAACAAGUUUGACACCAAUGUGGACCCCAUAACUGUUCAGUGUCUUGAGGAAAAGCUGGAAGAAAGAAAAUAUUCUUUUCAGUCAAUAGACUCUCUUGACUGUUUCAAUAGUUGAUCACAAACAAUACUGUGGUUCAACCAUUAACUGAUUUAUUUAUUAUCAGAGAAUAAUCUUAGACAAGUUUUUGUGUCUAACCUUUUCUUGCUCUAGCUACUUACAAUAUGAAAUCUCUGGCUGAAUGUACUUUGUGUUUCCAUAUUUAAAACAUAAUUUUUAAUAAAUAUAUUUCAGAUUUUGCCUCUUAC